GGAGAAAAUUUAAAUACUAUAAAUUAAAUUUUCGUCGUAAAACAAGAAAUUUAGAAAAGACUGCUCUAUAUAAUUCUUUAUUGGCCAAUGACUUCUGUGUGCACUAUAAAAUAGUUCUGACUCCACCUACGAGGCUACAGUUUGUGGAUUAUUCCGUGGGCAAAGUGUCUGAUUGAUUUCGCUUAAAAACAUUAAUUUGUGCAGAAAAUGUUAAUAAUAAUUGCACUACUUUGUGGAUUUUACGCCCCCUCGGUGCUGGGACAAGGCUGCAACUAUGCACAGCAAGUUAAUACAACACCCGUUGCUAUAUUCUCCCCAAAUUAUCCUGGAAACUACCCAGCAAACAGUCAGUGCACAUGGACUGCAACAGCCUUUUCGGAUUACCAAAUAAAGCUCACCUGCACCGUUGUACAGAUUCCUACUGGAACUAGUGGCUGCCCAAGGGACUACAUCAUAGUAUCUCGCACAGGAAGGACGGAUUUUGCAGAUGGGACUAGAUAUUGCGGUACUCAGGCUUUCACUGUGACAUCUACAAGUAAUCAGAUGAGAGUUGGGCUCUUUGCCCAACCAACUUCACCAGGUGGAAGGUUCUACUGCACAAUUCAGGCUGUUUUUAAUUCAUGCAACUGUGGCCGGAGGAAGAGUACCCGUAUUGUUGGCGGACAAAAUGCUGCAGUGAAUGAGUUCCCAAUGGUUGCUGCCCUUGUUGAUCUCACAACACGAGAUCUCUUCUGCGGAGCAACCCUUAUUUCCAAUCGAAAAGCAAUAACAGCCCAGCAUUGUCUUCUCAAUCAAAGCCCAGGGAAUGUAGCUCUUCUUGUGGGUGAUUACGAUAUAACUACUGGCUCUGAUACCCCAUACUCUGCCCUGUACUCCAUUCAAACCUUCACAUGCUACACCAGCUGCAGUGCAACCCCCAGCAAUGAGACUGACAUUGCACUGGUGACGACCACAAAUGAGAUUCAGAUGAAUCCUGGUGUUGGGAUAGCUUGCUUACCAAUUAAGUAUCAAGGUAAUACUUUUGCCGGAAGUACUGUGGAGGUAUCAGGAUGGGGACAUUUGGAUUUUGGAGGUCCUGAUGCGAAAAUCCAGCAAAAGACGCGGCUCAAUGUGAUUUCCCAAACUGAUUGCCAAAAUCGCUUCGGUACGUCCCUUAUUGUUCGAAGUACACAAAUGUGUACCUUUACACCUGGUACGGACACGUGUCAGAAGGAUUCGGGUGAAGGACUCCUCUAUACUGGACCUGACAAUGGGCGUCUCUAUACUAUAGGUGUUGUAGCAUCGGGCGUUGAGUGUGGCACUAAUAAUCCAUCAAUUAACACCCGUGUAACGCUCUUCAUUAACUGGAUCAUUACAAAUUCCCCAGAAAUUCAGUACUGUAACAUUUAAUUGUACAAAAAUUAAAUGUUUUCCUCAAGAAUUUGCAAAA